CAUGACACAAGCACAACUCCAUCCCCCUCUCUCUCUCUCUCUCUCUUGCUUGCUUGCUUGGCCUGUCCGUUUCUCUCUCUACUAUUGUGUUCUCCUCUCAUCGAUCAGCAAGGAGGGAGGGGGGAGGAGGGGAGGCAGAGAUAGAGAGAGAUGUCGAUGAGCUUCUUGAGCAUGGUGGAGACGGAGCUGCCGCCGGGGUUCCGGUUCCACCCGAGAGACGACGAGCUCAUCUGCGACUACCUCGCGCCCAAGGUCACCGGCAAGGUCGGCUUCUCCGGCCGCCGCCCUCCCAUGGUGGACGUCGACCUCAACAAGGUCGAGCCAUGGGACCUCCCUGUGACUGCAUCGGUGGGAGGCAAGGAGUGGUAUUUCUACAGCCUAAAGGAUCGAAAAUACGCGACGGGGCAGCGCACGAACCGGGCGACGGUGUCGGGAUACUGGAAGGCAACCGGAAAGGAUAGGGUGGUGGCGCGGCGGGGUGCGCUAGUGGGGAUGAGGAAGACGUUGGUGUUCUACCAAGGGAGGGCCCCUAAGGGGAGGAAGACGGAGUGGGUGAUGCACGAAUACAGGUUGGAGGGAGCACAUGAGCAAGCCUCCAAGGAGGACUGGGUCCUGUGCAGAGUCAUAUGCAAGAAGAAAUCAGGAGUUGGUGCCACCCCCAGGCCAAGGAACCUCACCAACAUUGUCCAUGGCACAUCCACAGACACCUCCUCACCGCCACUGCCACCACUCAUGGACACCACCCUGGCACAGCUCCAUGCCACCAUGAACACCUCCGCCGCCGCCACGGCCGCACUUGAGCAAGUGCCCUGCUUCUCCAGCUUCAGUAAUAACAGUGCCAGCAACAGCAGCUACCUCCCCAUGGUGACAGGCAACGGUAAUGGCAUGAGCUACCUGGACCAUGGCCUGCCUGACUUUGGGAGCUACCUAGACCCCUCCACGAACUGCGACAAGAAGGUUCUCAAGGCAGUGCUGAGCCAGCUGAGCUCCAUGGGUGGUGAGGUGGUGCCGAGCAUGUCUGCUCAGAUGGCUGCUGCAGUGAGCUCUACUUGGAACCACUUCUAGGCAAAUUUGUUUAUUUAUCCAGACAACAUAAGCAGAUAACUGGCUAGCUAGUAGUUAAUCUGCGGUUUGUGUAUGAUGAUUUCAUAUCAGAAUGUAUAAUUAUGUCUGUUUGGUGCAAUGUUUCUUGAGUGUGUGGGUAUUAGACUAUUAGUAGAGAAACGGUGAUUUUUUGUUUCCCCAGUCGAUAUUGGAGGACUAAAACCCUGGAAUGAUUUAA